AUGCCCCUGAAAAACCUCCUUCCGUUUCACAAAAACGACAUCCUACCACCCCAAUCCCAUCCUGAAGCCCCUCAGAAUGAACCCAAGGACUCUCACCCCAGCAAUUCCCAUGGCAGGCACCACAUAGAAUCCAUUACACACGGCCACAAGGGCACCAGAGUCCGCACAACGCUCAUCUCACACAACUGGCACAACCGCUCUGUAGCCGCACUAGCAGAGUUCGCAGGCACAUUCAUGUUCCUCUUCUUUGCCUUUGGCGGCACCAGCGUCGCGAACAACAGUAACCAAGCCAACCGAUCCGAUUCCAACACAAACUCCGACGAUAUUCUCCAGGUACCUGACACGAGCGUGUUGCUGUACAUUAGCUUGGUGUUUGGAUUCAGUCUAAUGAUCAAUGUGUGGUGUUUCUUCAGAGUCAGUGGGGGGUUGUUUAAUCCUGCUGUAACGCUAGGUCUCUACCUUAUCGGCAGCGUGCCUCUUCCCCGGGCAAUCAUGUGCUUCGUAGCGCAAGUGCUUGCCGGUAUUGCGGCUGCAGGCGUUGUUCACGCCAUUUUGCCAGGUCCCUUAUCCGUAAGCACGACGCUGAGCGCCGGCAUAUCUCCCGCUCGCGGUGUCUUCCUCGAAAUGUUCUUAACCUCCUUACUUGUCUUUACUGUCUUCAUGCUUGCCGCCGAAAAGCACAAGGCGACGUUUCUUGCCCCUGUUGGAAUUGGCAUGGCAUUGUUCGUUGCGGAGAUGCUCGGUGUCUUUUUCACAGGCGGCAGCCUGAAUCCCGCGCGUAGCUUUGGACCUUGCGUCGUCACGGGCGAUUUCCCUAGUUACCAUUAUAUCUACUGGUUUGGGCCGAUCAUGGGAUCGCUGCUGGCAUGUGGGGUAUACAAGGUUGUCAAGGCUGUCGAUUACGAGACUGUGAAUCCGGGGCAGGACUUUGAUGACCAUGAGGCAGCGGCGUUUCAGUGUCCGGAUAAUCCGCAUAGUCGUCAUCAGGUUCGGAGGCCGAUUGUCACGAAGGACCUUAUGCGCCGGGGGACGCAUGAGUCGGAGGAGUCGGAGGGGGAGAAGAAUAUUGAGAGGAUGGAUACGAAUCAAACCCGGGUUUGA